AUGUCAGCCUCCUACUACACCCCCCAGCGCCCCUACUUCCCCUCCCCGCAGCACUCGUCCUCCUCCUCCGCCGCGCGACCCGCCGCGGCCGGCACGCCCGCCCCGCCGUCCUUCACGCCCGCCAUGCGCGACCGCCAGGCCCGCGGCAAGGACCCGUACUCCCCGCACGACAGCCCCUCGGACUCGGACCUCGAUUUCGACGGUGUGGACUCGCCCUCCCGCGGCGUCGGCUCGCUAGGGCACCUGGGCCCGGGACACGGGCACGCCCACGGGGGGGCCGCGACGGGAGGAGGCGUCGGCGACGGCGACUCGCAUGAGGUCAGGAGGCGCAAGCUCUGGGCCGUCUCGGUGCUCGAGGACCCGGAGAGGCUUGCCAUGUACGCGUGUAGUCGCGGGGACAGCAUCCCCGGCACCCGCCUCUACUUCACCCGCAUACUGUGCGGCUUCGACGAAGAGCCUGCCGACCCCCGUAAGGCCGCGUCUGCCUCGCGGCGGGACCCGCGCCGGAGGAGCGCCGGUGGCGAGCGCAUGGGUCGGCACUGA